GCGGUCCCGAGCCAGCGGCGGCGCGGGCGGCGGCGGCGGCGGCGGCGGCGGCGGGCACCCGGCACCGCGGCGGGCGGGCGGACGGGCGGCAUGGGGGGCGCUCCGAGCGGCCCCAGCGGCCGGGCCGGCAUCACCGCGGCGUCCCUCCGCUAGAGGAGGGGGUCCAAGCCAAUUCGCCUUUGCAGCCAAAAAAAAAAAAAAAUUACAUGUAUAUAUUAUUAAGAUAAUAUAUACAUCUGAUUUUAUUUUUUUUAAAAAAGUUUAUUUUGCUCCAUUUUUGAAAAAGGGAGCGUGGGUGGCAGGCGGUUUUUAUAAAUUAUCCUUGUUUUCUGUUAUUUGUCCCUGUCCUUCCCCACCCCCUGCUGAAGCGAAAAUAAGGGCAGGGACCGCGGCUCCUACCUAUCCAUAACCCCCUUACCCAUUCCUCCCCCGCCCUAACGCCCAGUACAGUGCCCUGCACACAGUAGGCGCUCAAUAAAUGUUCGUGGAUGAUGAUGAUGAUGAUGAUGAAAAAAAUGCAGCAUCAACGGCAGCAGCAAGCGGACCACGCGAACGAGGCAAACUAUGCAAGAGGCACCAGACUUCCUCUUUCUGGUGAAGGACCAGCUUCUCAGCCGAACAGCUCCAAGCAAACUGUCCUGUCUUGGCAAGCUGCAAUCGAUGCUGCUAGACAGGCCAAGGCUGCCCAAACUAUGAACACCUCCGCACCCACACCUGUAGGAUCUCUCUCCCAAAGAAAACGUCAGCAAUAUGCCAAGAGCAAAAAACAGGGUAACUCGUCCAACAGCCGACCUGCCCGUGCCCUUUUCUGUUUAUCACUCAAUAACCCCAUCAGAAGAGCCUGCAUUAGUAUAGUGGAAUGGAAACCAUUUGACAUAUUUAUAUUAUUGGCUAUUUUUGCCAAUUGUGUGGCCUUAGCUAUCUACAUCCCAUUCCCUGAAGAUGAUUCUAACUCAACAAAUCAUAACUUGGAAAAAGUAGAAUAUGCCUUCCUGAUUAUUUUUACAGUUGAGACAUUUUUGAAGAUUAUAGCAUAUGGAUUAUUGCUACACCCUAAUGCUUAUGUUAGGAAUGGAUGGAAUUUACUGGAUUUUGUUAUAGUAAUAGUAGGAUUGUUUAGUGUCAUUUUGGAACAAUUAACCAAAGAAACAGAAGGCGGGAACCACUCUAGCGGCAAAUCAGGAGGCUUUGAUGUCAAAGCCCUCCGUGCCUUCCGAGUGUUACGACCUCUUCGACUAGUGUCAGGAGUGCCCAGUUUACAAGUUGUUCUGAACUCCAUUAUAAAAGCCAUGGUUCCCCUCCUUCACAUAGCCCUUUUGGUAUUAUUUGUAAUCAUAAUCUAUGCUAUUAUAGGAUUGGAACUUUUUAUUGGAAAAAUGCACAAAACAUGUUUUUUUGCUGACUCAGAUAUCGUAGCUGAAGAGGAUCCAGCUCCAUGUGCGUUCUCAGGGAAUGGACGCCAGUGUAUCACCAAUGGCACGGAGUGUAGAAGUGGCUGGGUUGGCCCAAAUGGAGGCAUCACCAACUUUGAUAAUUUUGCCUUUGCCAUGCUCACUGUGUUUCAGUGCAUCACCAUGGAAGGCUGGACAGAUGUGCUCUACUGGGUAAAUGAUGCGAUAGGAUGGGAAUGGCCAUGGGUGUAUUUUGUUAGUCUGAUCAUCCUUGGCUCAUUUUUCGUCCUUAACCUGGUUCUUGGUGUCCUUAGUGGAGAAUUCUCAAAGGAAAGAGAGAAGGCAAAAGCCCGGGGAGAUUUCCAGAAGCUUCGAGAGAAGCAGCAACUAGAAGAAGAUCUUAAGGGCUACUUGGAUUGGAUCACCCAGGCAGAGGACAUCGAUCCUGAGAAUGAGGAGGAGGGCGGAGAGGAAGGCAAACGAAACACUAGCAUGCCCACCAGUGAGACUGAAUCUGUGAACACAGAGAACGUAAGUGGUGAAGGCGAGGCACAGGGAUGCUGCGGAAGGCUCUGGUGCUGGUGGAAGAGAAGAGGCACAGCCAAGACCGGGCCCUCUGGGUGUCGGCGAUGGGGUCAAGCCAUCUCAAAAUCCAAACUCAGCCGACGCUGGCGUCGCUGGAACAGAUUCAAUCGCAGAAGAUGUAGGGCUGCUGUGAAGUCUGUCACGUUUUACUGGCUGGUUAUUGUCUUGGUGUUUCUCAACACUUUAACCAUUUCCUCUGAGCACUACAAUCAGCCGGACUGGUUGACACAGAUUCAAGAUAUUGCUAACAAAGUCCUCUUGGCUCUGUUCACCUGUGAGAUGCUGGUAAAAAUGUACAGCUUGGGUCUCCAGGCAUAUUUUGUCUCUCUUUUCAACCGGUUUGAUUGCUUCGUGGUGUGUGGUGGGAUUACUGAGACCAUCCUAGUGGAGCUGGAGAUCAUGUCUCCUCUGGGGAUCUCUGUGUUUCGGUGUGUGCGCCUAUUAAGAAUCUUCAAAGUGACCAGGCACUGGACUUCCUUGAGCAACUUGGUGGCAUCCUUGUUAAACUCCAUGAAGUCCAUCGCUUCACUGUUGCUUCUGCUCUUCCUGUUCAUCAUCAUCUUUUCCUUGCUUGGGAUGCAGUUAUUUGGUGGCAAGUUUAAUUUUGAUGAAACACAAACCAAGCGAAGCACCUUCGACAACUUUCCCCAAGCACUUCUGACAGUAUUCCAGAUUCUGACAGGUGAAGACUGGAAUGCCGUUAUGUACGAUGGCAUCAUGGCUUACGGAGGUCCAUCCUCUUCAGGGAUGAUCGUCUGCAUUUACUUCAUCAUCCUCUUCAUUUGUGGCAACUAUAUUCUAUUGAAUGUCUUCUUGGCCAUCGCUGUAGACAAUUUGGCUGAUGCUGAAAGUUUAAACACUGCUCAGAAAGAGGAAGCUGAAGAAAAGGAAAGGAAAAAGAUUGCCAGAAAAGAGAGCUUGGAAAAUAAAAAGAACAACAAACCAGAAGUCAACCAGAUAGCCAACAGUGACAACAAGGUUACAAUUGAUGACUAUCGAGAGGAAGAUGAAGACAAGGAUCCUUACCCACCUUGUGAUGUGCCAGUAGGUGAAGAGGAAGAGGAGGAAGAGGAGGAUGAACCUGAGGUUCCUGCUGGUCCCCGUCCUCGCAGAAUUUCAGAGUUGAACAUGAAGGAGAAAAUUGCCCCCAUCCCUGAAGGGAGCGCUUUCUUCAUUCUUAGCAAGACAAAUCCGAUCCGUGUAGGCUGCCACAAGCUCAUCAACCACCACAUCUUCACCAACCUAAUCCUUGUCUUCAUCAUGCUGAGCAGCGCUGCCCUCGCUGCUGAGGACCCCAUCCGUAGCCACUCCUUCCGGAACACUAUACUGGGUUACUUUGACUAUGCUUUCACAGCCAUCUUUACUGUUGAAAUCCUGUUAAAGAUGACAACUUUUGGAGCUUUCCUACACAAAGGGGCUUUCUGCAGGAACUAUUUCAAUUUGCUGGAUAUGCUGGUUGUCGGGGUGUCUCUGGUGUCAUUUGGGAUUCAAUCCAGUGCCAUCUCUGUUGUGAAGAUUCUGAGGGUCUUAAGGGUCCUAAGGCCCCUCAGAGCAAUCAACAGAGCAAAAGGACUUAAGCACGUUGUUCAGUGCGUCUUCGUGGCCAUCCGGACAAUUGGUAACAUCAUGAUUGUCACCACCCUGCUUCAGUUCAUGUUUGCCUGCAUCGGGGUCCAGUUGUUCAAGGGGAAAUUUUAUCGCUGCACUGAUGAAGCCAAAAGUAACCCUGAAGAAUGCAGAGGACUUUUCAUCCUUUACAAGGAUGGGGAUGUCAAUAGUCCUGUGGUCCGUGAGAGGAUCUGGCAAAAUAGUGAUUUCAACUUUGACAACGUCCUUUCUGCUAUGAUGGCACUCUUCACAGUUUCCACAUUUGAGGGCUGGCCUGCGUUGCUGUAUAAAGCCAUCGACUCCAACGGAGAGAAUGUUGGCCCAGUCUACAACCACCGCGUGGAGAUCUCCAUCUUCUUUAUCAUCUACAUCAUCAUUGUUGCUUUCUUCAUGAUGAACAUUUUUGUGGGCUUUGUCAUCGUUACAUUUCAGGAGCAGGGAGAAAAAGAGUAUAAGAACUGUGAGCUGGACAAAAAUCAGCGUCAGUGUGUGGAAUAUGCCUUGAAAGCACGUCCGUUGCGGAGAUACAUCCCCAAAAACCCCUACCAGUACAAGUUCUGGUACGUGGUGAACUCUUCGCCUUUCGAAUACAUGAUGUUUGUCCUCAUCAUGCUCAACACACUCUGCUUGGCCAUGCAGCACUAUGAGCAGUCCAAGAUGUUCAAUGAUGCCAUGGAUGUUCUGAACAUGGUCUUCACUGGGGUGUUCACUGUUGAGAUGGUUUUGAAGGUCAUUGCAUUUAAGCCUAAGGGGUAUUUUAGUGACGCCUGGAACACGUUUGACUCCCUCAUCGUAAUCGGCAGCAUUAUAGACGUGGCCCUCAGCGAAGCAGACCCAACUGAAAGUGAAAAUGUCCCUGUCCCAACUGCUACACCCGGGAACUCUGAAGAGAGCAAUAGAAUCUCCAUCACCUUUUUUCGUCUUUUCCGAGUGAUGCGAUUGGUGAAGCUUCUCAGCAGGGGGGAAGGCAUCCGGACAUUGCUGUGGACUUUUAUUAAGUCCUUUCAGGCCCUCCCGUAUGUUGCCCUCCUCAUUGCCAUGCUCUUCUUCAUCUACGCGGUCAUUGGCAUGCAGAUGUUUGGGAAAGUCGCCAUGAGAGAUAACAACCAGAUCAAUAGGAACAACAACUUCCAGACGUUUCCCCAAGCAGUGCUGCUGCUCUUCAGGUGUGCGACAGGCGAGGCCUGGCAGGAGAUCAUGCUGGCCUGCCUCCCAGGGAAGCUGUGUGACCCUGAGUCGGAUUACAACCCUGGAGAAGAGUACACAUGUGGGAGCAACUUUGCCAUUGUCUAUUUCAUCAGCUUUUACAUGCUCUGUGCAUUUCUGAUCAUCAAUCUGUUUGUGGCUGUCAUCAUGGAUAAUUUUGACUAUCUGACCCGGGACUGGUCUAUUCUGGGGCCUCACCAUUUAGAUGAAUUCAAAAGAAUAUGGUCAGAAUAUGACCCUGAGGCAAAGGGAAGGAUAAAACACCUCGAUGUGGUCACUCUGCUCCGACGCAUCCAGCCUCCUCUGGGAUUUGGGAAAUUAUGCCCACACAGAGUAGCGUGCAAGAGAUUAGUUGCCAUGAACAUGCCUCUCAAUAGUGAUGGGACAGUCAUGUUCAAUGCAACCUUGUUUGCUUUGGUCCGAACAGCUCUUAAGAUCAAGACUGAAGGGAACCUGGAACAAGCUAAUGAAGAACUUCGAGCUGUGAUAAAGAAAAUCUGGAAGAAAACCAGCAUGAAACUACUUGACCAAGUUGUCCCUCCAGCUGGUGAUGAUGAGGUAACCGUGGGGAAGUUCUAUGCCACUUUCCUGAUACAGGACUACUUUAGGAAAUUCAAGAAACGGAAAGAACAAGGAUUGGUGGGAAAGUACCCUGCGAAGAACACUACAAUUGCCCUACAGGCGGGAUUAAGGACACUGCAUGACAUUGGGCCAGAAAUCCGGCGUGCUAUUUCCUGUGAUUUGCAAGAUGAUGGGCCAGAGGAAACAAAAAGAGAAGAAGAAGACAUUUUCAAAAGAAAUGGUGCCCUGCUUGGAAACCAUGUCAAUCAUGUUAAUAGUGAUAGGAGAGAUUCCCUUCAGCAGACCAAUACCACCCACCGUCCCCUGCAUGUCCAAAGGCCUUCAAUUCCACCUGCAAGUGAUACUGAGAAACCGCUGUUUCCUCCAGCAGGAAAUUCGGUGUGUCAUAACCAUCAUAACCAUAAUUCCAUAGGAAAGCAAGUUCCCACCUCAACAAAUGCCAACCUCAAUAAUGCCAAUAUGUCCAAAGCUGCCCAUGGAAAACAGCCCAGCAUUGGGAACCUUGAGCAUGGGUCCGAAAAUGGGCAUCAUUCCUCCCAUAAGCAUGACCGGGAGCCUCCAAGAAGGUCCAGUAUUAAAAGAACCCGCUAUUAUGAAACUUAUAUUAGGUCUGACUCAGGAGAUGAGCAGCUCCCAACUAUUUGCCGAGAAGACCUGGAGAUACAUGACUACUUCAGGGACCCCCACUGCUUGGGGGAGGAGUAUUUCAGUAGUGAGGAGUGCUGUGAGGAUGACAGCUCUCCCACCUGGAGUAGACAAAACUACGGCUACUACAACAGGUACCCAGGCAACACCAUGGACUUCGAGAGGCCCCGAGGCUACCAUCACCCCCAAGGCUUCUUGGAUGAUGAUGACUUGCCUAUUGGCUAUGAUUCCCGGAGAUCUCCAAGGAGACGCUUACUACCUCCCACCCCAACAUCCCACCGGAGAUCCUCCUUCAACUUUGAGUGCCUGCGCCGGCAGAGCAGCCAGGAGGAGGUCCCGCUGUCACCAGUGCUCCCCCACCGUGCGGCCCUGCCUCUGCACCUGAUGCAGCAGCAGAUCAUGGCAGUUGCAGGCCUCGAUUCCAGUAAAGCCCAGAAGUACUCACCGAGCCACUCAACCCGGUCUUGGGCUACCCCUCCAGCAACCCCUCCAUACCAGGAUUGGACCCCAUGCUACACUCCCCUGAUCCAAGUAGAACAGUCAGAGUCAUUGGACCAGGUCAACGGCAGCCUUCCAUCCCUACACCGCAGCUCCUGGUACACGGAUGAGCCUGAUAUUUCAUAUCGGACUUUCACACCAGCCAGUCUGACUGUCCCUAGCAGCUUCCGGAACAAAAAUAGUGACAAGCAGAGGAGUGCAGACAGCUUGGUAGAGGCAGUUCUGAUUUCUGAAGGCUUGGGACGCUAUGCAAGGGAUCCAAAAUUUGUGUCAGCAACAAAACAUGAAAUCGCAGAUGCCUGUGACCUAACUAUUGACGAGAUGGAGAGUGCUGCCAGCACUCUGCUCAACGGGAGUGUGUGUCCUCGAGCUAAUGGGGACGUGGGACCUGUCUCAUGCCAGCAGGACUAUGAGCUCCAGGACUUUGGUCCUGGCUACAGUGAUGAGGAACCUGACCCUGGGCGAGAGGAGGAAGACCUGGCGGAUGAGAUGAUCUGCAUCACCACCUUGUAACCCCAGCAAGGCAGGGCUGGUUCUGGCCUUGGAGGGAUGGAGGAGGGCCAGGGAAAAAGUGCCUCAUAGUUAGGAAAAGGUUAGGCACCAGCUGGGAGGAAAUACUCAAUUAGACUUUUGUACAAGUGAGGUCAUACCUCAAGGAAGCCAUAAACCUGGUAGGAACUGGUUCCCAGUGUCCGAGCACAUAGUGCACACAUGCUCAGGCCCAGCCACAGGAGAUGGCAGGUCCAGCUGUCUCAAGAGGACGGGUGAAGAGGGCAGACCAGCCCUGCCCAAAGGUCCAGAAGGCUGCCAAGAAGUCCAUGUCUCCCUACCCAGGGCACCUGCCCAAAGGCGCAGGGGGAAAGGUUAAAGGUGAUGACAGUUACCACACCUGUGUCAUUACCUCAGUCAUGGGUCUAGCAUAUCCAUUUUUAAACCCCUCUCCCCCAACACUGCUUCCUGUUCUGAAACAGUUUGUAUCAGAACCUAGCUACCAGCGGUCAUCAGAGGGGAGUGGGACCUGACAGACAAGGUUUUCUGUUAUGUGAUGCCAGUUUACACAAGAGAACAUCACUCAGAUGGUCAGUUCUGACUGUCAUGCUAAGGGCAGCUGUAAACUGGAAUAAUGCACUCGUAACCAGGUAAACUUAGAUACGCUAGUUUGUUUAAAAAUUAUAGAUUUACUGUACAUGACUUGUAAUAUACUACAAUUUGUAUUUGUAAAGAGAUGGUCUAUAUUUUGUAAUUAUUGUACCGUAUUUGAACUGCAGCAAUAUCCAUGGGUCCUAACAAUUGUAGUUUCCCACCAAAAUCUAGAAAUUAUUAGCAUUUUUACUUGGGCUAUACAGAAGUAGAAGAAAUAGAGCCAAUUCUCACUUACUCAGUGAAAAUUCUUUGGGGAUAAAACUUUGAGUUUGAAAGAACUUGACACUACAGAAAAUUUUCUAAAAUAUUUUGACUCAUUAUAAAUCCAUCUUUACACAAGAUA